GUGUGUGUGUGCGUGUGUGCAUGCGUACAUGUUUUACGUGCAUUGUCCGGGAGCGCGUGUAUGCUUAAAUCUUUCCUUUUGUUUCCCGCUUGAGGCUCUUAGAAUAUUGCAUUUUCGAGAUUAUAACCCGAGACCUGCACGCUACUCGGGCUUUGCACCGAAUAAAUAUUCAAAAAGGGAGAAUCGUCCAACACGCCUCUUCAUACAUUUACUUUAAGAGCAGCAGUGUUUUGCCUCCCACCAUUGUUCGUAAUAGCUGCAGGGCUGUUCCUGACGAGGGCCAUUGUGCCUGGCUGGAAAAAUACACAACUAAUCGGCACACCAAUACUAAAGCUGAAGACCUUUCUUCCUUUCCUCAGGUAAACCGCCCGUGUCCUUUCCCAGCAACGUGCAAUGCUAGUCUUGGGAGCGCCGCGAGGCCGUGCACACGCGGUUCAAGCAUCGCCUGGGAAAUUGAUCAGACACGCUCCGGAAUCAGAGCGCAGAGUUUGUUUUUUAAGUCGCUGUGUCGAUCGAAGAAGUUACUGGGCAGUCAUUAUUGUCCAUCGUCUAAGCAGAUUGUAUUUUUGAAACUGAUAGAAAUUAACAAAGAAGUAUUUCUAUAUACAAAAAAAAAAAAAAAAAAACACCGCAUUGUAAAUGACAAGAAGAAAAACAAAGAAAAAUAUCAGGUAAAGCUUUUAAAUAGCCAGCAUUCUCCAGCGAGCAAUCCCACUUACGUCAGAGCAGGAAAAGAGAAGAAAGGCGAGUUCAAACGAGCGGCCGGCGCGUCCUCCGCCCCCUCCCUCCCCGGCAGGACAAGUGAGGAUCGCUGAGGGGAAGCAGCUGAUCCUCCCAACAACAUGAUCAUGAUGGCGGGUUGACACGGGUCCUUCGCUCGCUCCAUCUCAUUCCCCUACAGUCUCUUAUGCCUCACCAUCUGUCUGCUUCACCAUCUGUCCAAUAACCUCCUCUCCUACCGGACUAUGCUUCCUCCUCAUCCCCAGCUUCUUGAGUGUAGACCUGCGCCUCUCACACAAUCUGGCUGCCAGACUACUAUCUUAAGAAGAUAUACUACAUCAUCUGACAACUUGUCUUGGCUUCUCUUGUGCUAUAUUUGAUAACAUGUUCAACUCUGAAAAAAAGAGAUUAUUUUCUAUAUAUUUGUAUGACUGGUAUUGAUGUACAGCUUUACUUCUGUAAACUUAGUUUUCCAUUUUGUUUUGUUUUCAACAAAAGGGUUUUCCCUUCUUUAUUGAUUUUGAUAUUUACAAAUUGACUUGCUUUGUGCUGAGUUUGCUCAGCCUUUUUUGGCUACUCAUUAGUGGGUACAUAAGCUAUGAUGAUGACAUGACAUUUUCCAUUCUUCUCUGCCUUCGUUAGGAAUUUGCAAUCUUUAUUUUCCCUCAUUUUUCCCUCACAAGAUAGUGAUAUUGUAAAUAUGCAUAUAGGUGUAUGAUAUGCAUACAUGGUUCAGAUAACUAAAGAAUCACUCAGACCCUCAUUGUUGCGUAAUUUUUAAAGUGAAAACUUUCAAUAUCACCAAGAUGAUUGCUCAAGUAGUGUCUUGUCUUUGUACAUCUCCUAUCAUCUUGCUAGUGGUGGUGCUGUCACUUGCUGUUUUCUAUAUGAGACGAAUCUACAGUUUCUGGGAAAUGCGUGGGGUCACUGGGCCAAAGCCAGUUUGGAUCAUUGGAAAUAUGUAUGCAAGGCUGCGACCUACACACUCAAUGGCAGAAUUUGAUCAGAUGUUGUAUGAGAGGUAUGGAGGCAAGAAAUAUUGCGGGUACUAUGAAUUCACUCAACCUUGUCUCAUGGUUGGUGAUCCAGAACUAUUGAAGCAUGUGAUGGUGAAGGAUUUUGAUCACUUUACUGAUCGAAGUUUUGUCACAUUCAACGAACCUGUAAUGGAUCACAUGCUUCUGGGUCUAAAAGGCAAAGUGUGGAAGGCUGUGCGCUCUGUGAUGACCCCGACCUUCAGCUCUGGCAAAAUCAAGCAGACGCUCCAGUUGGUUAAGGAUUGUGCGAAGAACCUUGUGGUUUACUUUGACAAGGAGCUUGAAAAGGGAUCAUCGACAUUUGAGAUGAAGGAUGUGUAUGGCAUGUUCACAAUGGACACAAUUGCUAGUAUUGCAUUUGGUGUUAACAGUGACUCUCUCAACAAUACUCAGGAUGAGUUCUCAGCUGCUGCUGCGCGGUUCUUCUCUCCACCUCCAAGGUGGAAGCGACCCAUUAUGUUCUUCCAGUUCCUCUGGCCUCAGAUUGCAAAGGCCUUGCGGCUAAAUGUUAUUGACAGAACGCCAAUCCAUUUCUUUACAAAGGUUGUGUCAGAUACAAUCCGUUACCGCUUAGAGAACAAUCUGCGAAGGAGUGACUUCCUUCAACUUCUUCUGGAUGCUCGUCUUCAAGAACAAACCAAUAACAACAAAGGAAAUGGUAGCACAGACAUAAAUUCCAAGAAGGCCAGUAAUGAAGUUCUCAAUGAGCUGGUGAUUACUGCACAGUGUGUUUUGUUCUACAUUGCUGGGUAUGACACUACAGCAACCACCCUAAGCUUUCUGUCAUAUUGUCUGGCUCUUCAUCCUGGCAUUCAGCAGAAAUGUAUGGAGGAAAUAGAAGAGGUACUUAGGAGGCACAAGGGUGAAAUUACAUAUGAAGCUCUUCAGGAAAUGACCUAUUUGGAUAUGGUCUUUGCAGAGACACUUCGCCUUUACCCACCAGCACCCAGAGUUGAUCGCAAAGUGACAAAGGACUUCACUCUCCCUGAUACAGACCUGAAACUGCAGAAGGGUCAGAAGAUUACUAUUCCCAUAUACAGCAUCCAUCGUGACCCAGAUCACUAUCCAGAUCCUUUGAAGUUUGAUCCAGAGCGAUUUUCCCCAGAAAACAAGGCUAUGCGUUCACAGAUGGUUUAUCUGCCUUUUGGUAGUGGUCCUCGCAACUGUAUAGGAAUGAGAUUUGCUCUCAUGGAAGCAAAAGUGGCUGCUGUUUAUCUCUUGCAAGAGUUUGCAUUUAUUCCAAGUAAGAAGACACAAGUCCCCAUAGUUAUUGAACAACGAAGUGGCCUCCUCAAAGCACAGGAUGGCAUUUGGGUUAGACUAGCCAAGAGGACAUCCGAUUAGAAGCUUCAGAUCAUAUCAGUGUAUUGGUUAGAGGUUUAAAGUUCUUUAAGUUGUGUUGUCGUAAGAGAGAGUUCAGUGUUUUAUAUUAACAAGUUUUUUAUGUGUAUAUAGGUACUCUAUUGCCUAAAAACUAUCGUAAAAUAUAACAGAAUUUAAUAAUGAGAACAUGGAGAUGUAGUAAAUUCUUAUCCAUACUCAUAUGAAGACACAAGUUAACCUAGUUUUAAUUGCCAUUAUGUAGGUGAAUUACAGUAGUUAGUCCGUAUGAUGAUUUAUCCACAGCACUUGGCUGAAUGCUCCCUCUCAAGUGUUUUAAACUGUAGUCUCACCUGCUUGAUGUCUUGUGAUGUGUAAGACAUCAAUAAAGCCCACAUUAUUGGGUAAUUCAAUAAAGUAUAUCAGUAUUUACUGAAAUGGUGUCUUGGAGCCUAUACUUGAUGCAUAGCUCUUUGAAUAGUCAUAUGUUACAGCUCUUUGAAUAGUCAUAUGUUAGUGGAUAGCUAGGAGAACAGAUCCUGGCAGCCUUUGCCUUAGCUGCACAUUCUACAUCACUGACCUAAAUAAUUAAGUUGUUAUUUCGUAUAGAAUUAAGUUAAGUGAAAACAAUAACAUUCCUUGAGAUUUAUGUUAUCCUCAGUUGUUUAUCACUUUUCUAGUUUUCUCAUGUUUUUGUAAUAUUUUGCAUAAUUGUUUUCUUUUUACUGGAUGUAUACUAGGCUCAGAUUUUUUUUUUUCUUUUUCUUUUCUUUUCUUUUCUUUCUCCAUAUUCAUGGGACAAGACAAUUACAAUUUAUGGUAAAGUUCUGUUCCUCAGUCUGUACCAUAAAAUGAAAUAACUUAAAACAAGACAAUAAUGCCCAGAAAUAAUUAAAAUAGGUUGUUUUCUCCAACCUUCCACCUAGACUUCAUAUUAACAAAAAGAAAUGAAUUUGGUUAAAUAGAAAUCCUUUUGAUAGAUGAUAAAAGUUGUGGAAAUCGCACUACACAGUAAUACAAGACAUAGUGAAAAGAGAAAAGCUUCGUGAGUACCAUUGGAGGGACCUCUUCUGCUGCCUCUUUGCAAAAAAAUGUUAUCCAAUGUGGUUUGUUUACUGCCUUGCCUUUUAUACUUCAUGACGGAAAAAAAUUGCAUAACUUUCUAAUUUCCUUCCCUGUGCGGAUCAGCACCAUCUAUGCUGUCAAGUGCUGUGUUUACAUAGGGGAAAAGCUUGAUAAGUUUCUUUACAGUUAGCUCGCUCCCCUUUUUUUUCUUUCUUUCUUUCUUUCUUUUCUUUUCUUUUCUUUUCUUUUCUUUUCUUUUCUUUUCUUUUCCAUUUUCAUUUUAGUCUUCUUAAUAAAGUGCUUUCUCUUUGUGCUGUAUGGUCAUAAAGCUCAUUGGAACAGUGCUACAAGAAUAACUUGAAUGGAGCAUACUUGAUGGGGAACCAAGGCUAACUGUCUUCUUUAUCCUGUUUGCCUGAAUGUUUCACUCUAAGACUUUGGUUUACACUCACCAAACUCCAUACAAUGGCAAUAAACAUUAAGAGGACUUUGGUAUUUUUAAAAAGUAAAACUUCCUAUUCUUGAAGAAUAGAUUUAUUGAAAAAGUGUCCAUUUGUCGAUGCUGUGAGUUACAUUUAGCCAGUUUGUAGAGAUGCCAACCAUUGCGAUUUACCCAUAAUUCAUACAAUUUUUUAACCCAUUAUACCUCCUUACAGGCGUAGGACCUGAAAUUAAGAUUUUUCAGAAAAAAAAUUCAAUGUCUGUUUUUGCAAAUCCCGAUUUUCCUGCCACUUCUGAUUGACUUCACUACUCUAGCAAGGGUCUCGAAAAGCCGACCCAAUUACCGGUAGCUAUGCCCAUUACAAUUUUGUGUACAUACCACCUACAUUGAGAUUUGGGUUGAGCAAGAUAAUUACUGAUAGGUACCUCCAAAUUAUUGAAAAUCUGCAAAUUAGUUGAAAAAAUUUAUGAUGGGCUAUGUUUCGUGCUGGCAUAUCUGAAUUUACAAGGGAUUGAUGAAUAUUUUCCUUGAGUAUUGAUAAUUAAGCAAAUUAGUUAUGGGAAAUUCAUGGAGACACUCUUUCUUUGUUUUUUUUACAAAAAAGGAAGUAUAUUUGCCAUUUGCAAUUUAGUUUUAUUGAUUUAAAUUCAAUUAUUGCAGGCAGUAUUAUUAUCAUUGUUAUUAUUUUAUAUAUAUAUAUAUAUCUAGUAUUUUACUUUGCUUUGCUUUACAUUUAUAUAGUCUAGCUUUUAAAGUUUCUGUGAUAUUAUUGUAUGCAUUAUUUUAUUAGGGUCAUAGAUUUUUCCACUGAAACUCAUAUGUAAUGGGAAAACAAGUAGAACCAAAAUUCUAUGAGCACAGAAACCAACGUACUGUAUUGGCCAAAGAUUGUAGUUAAAUUGUCAUUUUUUGUCUGUGAUCUCAUUAUAAGAAAACGUCACAUAUCAUAACUUCUUUUCAGUGUAAGUCUUGGUGGCUUUACCAACUGGGGCACUGACAAAUUUGCAAGUGUGAUGCCCAUUGAAAUGUUAAUUUUUUUCAUUAGCAUAAUUUAAGAAUAUUUGUUGUAGCUUUGUAUGACUUAAGUGUACAAGGAUAUUAGUACCAUUAUUAUUGCUACCUUUGAAGUUUAAUCAAGAAAUUGAGACAUGAAUUACAUUACAUAAUAUUUUACAUGUGUUAAACCUUGAAGUACAGUGAGUAUUGAUAUAUAGCUAAACAACAGGCAUUAAAAAAAGUUAAAAAUAAACACAUAAGUAAAUAAAUAAAAAUUGCAAUGUGUAUUGUUGUGAUGAACACUAAGUUGCCUGAUGCUAAAUCUGCUGUUUGAAUGGCUUAUUGUAUAGUAUAAUGUAUUGCCAGUAUAGCAGCAAAUUGACUGCUGUGAAGAUGCAUAAAGGUAGAUAUACGAUCUGACAGGGAUAACAUGAUACCUAAAUAGAUGGAAGAUUGCAAGGGCAAGGGAGGAAUUUGUAUGCUGCUCUUAGUGAGAUGACCAUACAUAAAUCUGUGCCUCUCUGAAGAGAGAGGUAACAUUCUUGAUAAGUGCAUUGUGUCUGCUUUGGAUACCUCAACAACAGAAAGGACAAUAGUGAGUAACAAAAACAGAUGAAGUGUAGUUAAUGGCUGGACUACUUGACACAUUGAAAAUUGUUAGAAAGUCAGUAGUCCUUAGUUGUAAAUAUAUCAAAUACAGAAUAAUGUCUGGUUUAUUGGCCUUAUAUGCAGAUUUUUAAAAAGAAGGAGAAAGCCAUUCAAAAUCUUUGCCCAAGAUAAUGUUGAAGGUAGUUGGCCAUUUCUUAUUCUGUGCUGUGUCCUAACUUCCCCCCAAAUUUGUUGAUAAAUCUUCAGAAUCAGUCAGAGCCAAUUGCUACAUUUCCAUAUUUAAGAGGUAUGAACUGUCUUUAUUUAUUCUUAUUUAUUCAUUUUGAUAUAUAAAAUUCUCAGUCUGCGAGUUGUAAUGGAACUCCUGGCAGUACAACAAUGAUUAAUGGUUUCUUACAUAAUAAGUAUAUUGUGUUCUAUAAGAAUCCAUGUCCUUUUUAUUAUAUUUUAUUACAAUUUCAAUCUAGACUUCAAUUUAAUGUCUAGCUACUAGAAACACCAUUAGGUGUGAUUUGAAUCAGUCAUCUUUUCAUCAAUAAUUGUUUCAUACCAUACAUUUACAGCAUAUGUAUAUGUAUAUCUGUCUCUGUAAUUAUCUGAAUUAUGCAAGAUAAUGGUGAAAUACAAGUGGUUCUUGAAAUAAAGAUUGCUUUUUGAAAACAAAUGGCAGAACUGCAAAUUCUGUGGGGCUUACAUGCUAUUUCUGCCCCUGCCUUAAUGUAUGCUCCAUUGCAUGUCUUAUCAGAUAUAUUAACUAAAGAUACUCUAAGCAUCUAUAUCAGAUUACAUCCAUCCUAUAUUUAGAAUUAUCUUGAAAUGAAGUAUGAAUUGUCAUACAGGAGUCCCAUCCUUUGACUCAAAUAUUGGAACUCCUCACAAGUGAAACAUGACUAUAACUGGCUUCAAACAAAUAUUGGCUCAUUUUGAUAUGGUGUUUGUCUGUACUCAGUUCACAGAAUGUAAGUUUCCAUAUUUAUGCAGCAUUUUCUAUUGUUAAAGGUGAUAGAAAACUGAAUAUCCAUAGUAGUUAGACUGAUUGUAAUGAGCUAUGUUUCACAAAAAAUGUGAUGUAGAAAGCUGUCUGUGAAAUAGCUAUCUUGCUUCUUUUACAGCUGUCAGUAUUCUGUAGGCCAUAAGAUAUCUCCAGCAUUCUUCAGAUUUAAAUCUUACAAUUUAAAAAAAUAUUUCAGGUAGACAGCAGACUGAAGAUAUGCAUUGUAUGUUCAGAUCUUAAUAGCUAAGUUGUUACAUGUGUAUGCAUACCUUUUCAUGCUUGCACAACCACAUGUUUACAUGCAUGUGCACAUGUACACAUGCAUAUUCCAACCCACAUACUAAGGAAUAUUAUUUAUAAAUAUCUUCAUCCCAUUAUUCAUCAAUUAAAAAUUUAGUCUUUUGGAACAUAUCUCUGCAGUCUACUGUGUGUUUUAUCUAUUUCUCAAUAUGUAUAUUUAAAUUUUAGAUGUAUUUAGAUGUAUUCAUAUAUGUACAUCCCUCCAUACAUCCAUAUGAUUUAUAGGUAAACACACACAUAGUAUCCUAAGGCAAAUGAAAAGAGAUUUUUUGUUCAUUAAAUUUUUAUCCUCUAGUGAUUAGCUUCAGUCUCUUGGAUAAACUGAAUAUAUAAAGAGCAAUAUCCCCUCUCCCACCACAUCUCUAUCUUGUGUAACGAACUAUGCAAAGGGACAAAGUCUCUACUGGUUGUUAAACUAUGCAAUAAUAUUGUCUGCAAGUGUCCAUUGUUAUCAUGUGUGGUGCAUCCAAGAAGUGUGUCUUAACCUGACAUCAUAUAAUUGAGACAUGGAUUAAUAUGUACUUUACAUGUGAUAAUUUUUCAUCACAUGGGGCAUAUUAUCUGUAAUAUAGGUGAUGUGUAUAUACCCAUGUAUUUUAUCAGAGAAGGCUUCUCUGAUGCACCCUUCCAAUGGUGAUUUCGGUAGCUAGCCAGGGACAUUCAGACUGCAUAGCAUUAUCUGAAAAAGUUUCCAGCUGGCUAUUCACAUUCCAAACUCGUCGAACAAGGGAUUAGCACGACUUGUCCCAACAACAAAGCUGUUUUCUGAUUGUUGAUUAUGUGUUAUAAAUAAGAAUAUGUAUAUUCCAGAUUGUACACAAUUAUGUGCUGGUACCUGUGAUCAUGUGAUAUUCAGUAUUUUGACUGCAGAAUUUCAUGGAAAGAUUAAUCAAUUUUCAAAUCCAUGAGACUAAGACUGUUGAUGUGUUUGAUAUGGAUAUUGCAUUUAUUGUUGCAGGAUACAGAAAUUAUUCAAGCAGAUUUACAUACUCUUAGAAAUUGUAGUUACAUGUUUAUUAGUAGGCAUUCAAGGACUGCCUAAAUAGAAAAUUGAUGUGCUUGUUAAGAUUCAUGGUAGGAUGAUAUGAUAGAGGAAGGAAUUUAUUUAGGUGAAUUUCUUUUCAAAUAUAUAUAGUGAUAUUAC